AGAUGACUGACAGAUAGAAAACAUGGAAGACAGUUUAUUAGAUUUAGAACAAGUUCAUGUUUAUUUAUUGGAAAACGGUGGUAAAGUGAAAAAUCGGGAUGUAGUUCGUUAUUUUAAAAAUUAUUUAACGGAUCCCCUAAGCAAAGAUGAAAAUAGAGUUCGCUUUAAGUCAUACAUUAAUACUUUGGCAACUACAAAAACAGAAGGAGAUGAUAAAAUAAUACUAUUGAAAAGCAAAUAUAGUAGUUCUGAUGCCAUAACGUCAUUUUCGAGCUCCACAAGUAUGUAUUCCCCUCAAUUUGAUCCAAGAAAUUCAGUUGGAAUCCCUUUAUCGCCAUCAGAAAUGAAUUUAAUGGAUUCAUCGCCAUCAAGACAACCACCGCCAUAUAGACCCCCUCCUCCACCACCACAAGGUACACCAUCAUCUUCUUCAUUGGAUGCCAUGUCUGUAGGUUCUAUUAAUUCAUUAAAUGAAUUUCCGAAAACUCCACAAGCACCUCCAAGGGAUAAAAAACGUGAUGAUAUUACUCCAAAAAAGUCAAUAUCAGAACCAGAAUCUGCAUCUGCAGCAGAUGAUAAAACAGUUAGUGUUAAAGAACGAACUCAGAAAUUUAAUAGACUUGCUUCUGUAGAAGAUGAACUUAGUCCACGACUUUCAAAGUCUGCUGAAAAAAAAUUGAAUAGGGGGGCAGACGAAGACGAUGGAGUAUCUCUUACCCCGUUAGAACCAAAGAAAUGUAUGGAAUGGUACGUCACAGCCAGUAGGGGUGAUUAUCAAGAAUUAAUCAAGCUGGCCAACAAAGAACCAAGACUUGUCAAUAAAAAGGUAAGAUUUUGUUUGUUAUUCACUCUAGUAUGUGUUUUGUUAUGAAAUGAUCACUAUAACUCGUAAUAUUCAAUCUAAUCUUGUUCAUUUGAAUCAGAGAGUUUAAAAUAUAAAAUGAUUUUAAAUUUGUGGAAAAAAAUAGUACCUGAAAUGCGUUUUUAUCUCGUUCUGUAGAUACAAUCUUUGUAAUAAACCUAGUAAGGUUUCGUUUACUGAUAUCUUUGCCAAAGUCUCCCAUCCUCAUCUUUAACGUUGUUGUUUUUAAUGGUAUAUGUAGCAAAUAAAAUUUCGGGGUAGGUAAGAAAUACUGAGACAACGAUUUCGUCAUCCACCUGAACACAACGCUGAUGUCAACCAGUGCUAAUUCUUCUAUCGUCUGUAUUUGCUGUCUUCUUCUUUGAAUUAGUCGAGCAUUUGAGUGUUACAGCUCUUUAUAACUUACCAA